AUGGCCCAAAACAAGAUUCUCUAUUCUGCAAAGCUCGACAAGAACAUGCGGAGAUCAGCCUACUUCGAGACAAAUAAGAGAAGCGUCAAAUCAAACAUCAUGCUGAAGUUUGUGACGCAGGCGAUGGAUAUCAAGCUUCAAUGUGAAGCCGAUUUCACAACUACUCUUGAAGAUCCGAUCAAAUUCUUGAAACGUAUUGAACAAUUCAUGAAGAAGAGUGCUGAUGCUGAGUAUGAUUCUGCAGUCAAGAUAAAAGCGCAUGCUGCUAUUGCUAGAACCUAUACUGCUGCUCAAGACAAGUUCAAGGAUGAUAUCUUUGAAGCCGUUCUUACAACAGGAUUUCUGUGCAACUGCAAUCAAACAAGAACAGCUCCUCUGAUGCUGGAUCUUCAGACAAACUAUUGCAGGGAAGUGGCUUAUGAUCCAAAUACGGUCAGCAAAGCACAAGAUACGUUCAAGAUUCACAUGGAUGUGAUUAAAACCUGUACCAAGGAAAAGACCAACGUAAUAAAGGUAAAGGUAAAGGAAAAGGAAAGGGGAAACCAAAGGAUCUAUGGAAAGAAGGCAGCAUCUUAUGUGUGUGGCAACAAAGACCAUAUCAAAGACCAUAUGUCUCCAAAAUGCCCAGACAGACUGCUACCGAAGAUCCAAUGGAAGAAUCAGGAUCAAUAUGUUGACUAUGGGAAGAAGCAUUCUUAA